AUGGUAAAACAAGUAAACGAUAAUCGUGAGCCUGCUUCACAACCACCAUCAUUACUUAUUGCUGCUCAUUGUUCAACAAUACGUCGUAAAGCAGCACGUAUUGAUGCAAAGGAAUUAUCAGCUAUAUUCAAUGAUUGUGUGCAUGAAGCAUAUUCAAAUAAGUUCCCAUUACAAACAUAUUUGAAUUCUUUAAAUGAAAUAGUUACAACAUUAAAUUCAAAUUUUCCGCCAGUAUUAAUUGAAAUAAGUUCACAUUCUUUUUUUACUCUCGUUUGUAACACAAUUCGACUUCUUUUACGUGAAUUAUAUACAACGAAUGAAUUAAAUAAUCAAGAAAUUUAUAUUUUACGUAAUUGUACUGUAUUAAUUCAUAACGUAGUUAAGCAAAUAAAUGAUGUAUCAAAAAUUUUACAAUGGAUUACUGAAGAAACAUUUCUUGGUGCUUUAGCAAAUUGUUUAAUUCAUAUAAAUAAAAUUUCAAAAGCAACUGAAAAUCAACAUAUAAUUAAACAAAUAACACGUUUAUUUAAUGUAUUGUGUAAUAUUCAACAACGUUUACCCAUAAAUUUACAUCAGCAUUUAUUUGUACGAUUACUUCAAGCAACUAUUGCUUGUUUAACAUCAUCAAAUUAUGUUAAAUUAUUUAGCAAUUUACAAGCAAAUGCAAUUUCAUUUACAGAAAUUCAAAAAUUAUUUCUUAUUAAAUGUCCAUAUUUUCUUACUGCUUAUAAUGGACCUUCUAUUGAGAAAGCAGUUGAAAAUCUGUUAGAAAUAAUGUUACCACGUUAUGUAUCAAUACUUGAUAAACAUAUGAAAACGAUUAAAGAAUGGCAAAGUCCAAUGAUGCGUGCUAUACAUAAUCUUAUUAUCACUCUUGUUUAUGCUGAAGGAUAUUUAUCAUCGCAUAUUUAUAAUAAAUCGUUUCAAUUACUUAUUAAUCAUCUUUUACAUCUUCUUAAUGAGUCUAGUUUAAUUAAUAAAAUACAUCCAAAUGCAAACAAUUUAGAAACAUUAUUAAUUGAUGCAACACUGGUUGUUUUUAGUGUACUAGUUUAUGAACCUAAUGGAUUGAAUUAUAUUAAACAACUUAAACCGAUAGCAAUUUUUCGACAAUUAACAACAACAUCUCAUGAAACUAUUGUUUUAAAUGCUUAUAUGAUGCUUGUAUAUGUAAUGGAUGAAAAUGACAUCGAAACAGCAGUGGAUAAUCUGUCUCAUUUACUUUCUACAACUCUCUAUUUGUUAGGAAAAGCAAUUGAAACUCGUUAUCAUACGAAUGUACAUGAAAAUUCUAAGCGGGAAACAACCGAUCGAAAUAUAAUGCAUCUUCUUGAAACUUUGAAAGGUUUAGCACAAUAUGAACAAAUUAAAAAUGACGUAAUAAAAUACAGAAUAGUAUCACAUUUAAUGUAUUAUUACGAAAAAGUACAUGGAUUAUCAAAACAAUUAUUACUUGAAUGUUUUUGGACAUUAUCAUUUAAUGAACGAAUAGCUCAACAAUUGCGUGAAUAUUCGCUAUUUAUUCUUUCAUUACAUCAUAUAUUACAAACUAGUGAUGAUAGUCAACAAAAUACAAUACGUCAUUCAAAUAGUUAUUGUAGCCGUCAAAAUGGUACCGUUAUAGCAUUAAUUGAAGGAACAAAUAAUGGACUACGAAAAGUGGCUGAUGGACUUCUUUGGAAGCUCAUUAACGGUAUACUUUAA